AUGUCCUUCCCACACUUUGGACACCCAUACGGCGGCGCUUCCCAGUUUUUGGUGUCUGCAAGUUCCAGCGCCACUUGCUGCGAAUCCAGCCCGCGCUCAGUCUCAGAUGUGGCCUCGGGCUCCACCCCGGCUCCCGCUCUCUGCUGCGCACCCUACGAUAGUCGGCUGCUGGGCAGUGCGCGGCCCGAGCUGGGCGCCGCCUUGGGCAUCUAUGGAGCCCCCUACGCGGCCGCUGCAACUGCCCAGAGCUACCCUGGCUACCUGCCCUACGGCCCGGAGCCGCACGCGCUGUAUGGGGCGCUGAAUCCACAGUAUGAAUUCAAGGAGGCUGCAGGAAGUUUUACACCUGGCCUGGCACAACCUGGAGCCUAUUAUCCCUAUGAGCCGACUCUGGGGCAGUACCAAUAUGAUCGGUACGGGGCGGUGGAGUUGAGCGGCGCUGGGCGCCGGAAGAACGCCACCCGGGAGACCACCAGCACGCUCAAGGCCUGGCUCAACGAGCACCGGAAGAACCCCUACCCCACCAAGGGCGAGAAGAUCAUGCUGGCCAUCAUCACCAAGAUGACCCUCACCCAGGUGUCCACCUGGUUCGCCAACGCGCGCCGGCGCCUCAAGAAGGAGAACAAGAUGACGUGGGCGCCCAAGAACAAAGGUGCGGAGGACAGGAAGGCAGAGGGCGGCGCGGAGGAAUCGCUGGGCUGCCUAAACGGUGACACUAAAGACGUUACUGCUAGCCAGGAGGCCAGGGGGCUCAGGCUGAGUGACCUAGAAGACCUGGAGGAAGAGGAGGAGGAGGAGGAAGCUGAAGAAGAGGAGGCAGUGGCCACAGCCGCGGACAGGCUGGCAGAGUUCCAUAAGAGCGCGCUGUCGCUUCCCCGGCCAUGCGCCCCAGCGCAAGAGGGCCGCCUGGAGCGCAGGGAGUGCGGCCUGGCGGCAUCUUGCUUCUCUAAGUCCCCCGGGUCGGGAGAAGCUGACUUCCUCGCGGCCGAGCCUGGCGGCCCCAGGUUUACCCUGCACUACCCAUGCAGCGAGAAACCGCGCAUCUGGUCUCUGGCGCACACUGCGGCAGCCAGCGCUUUCGAAGGUGCACCCCCAACCCGGCCCAGGCCAUGAAGUCCUGAGUGCCACAUGAUUCCCGUACAGCCUCCAGCCUCCACCGGGCGACCCGCGGGCCCCGGAGACUCCGAGUGCGAGGAGUCUUCCUGAGUAGCCAAAGCGUUUGGAAACUCCAGGGUUGCCCUGCAGGGGCUACCGCUGAACUGUGCAACGUGCCCGUGGAGGAGGGAGCCUGCAGUGCAGUGCCAGUACCCGUCUGGAGCAGAAGGUAGUGGACCCCCAACGGCGCUGGGGUGUCUGUCCUGA